AUGAUCGUCGUGUCAGUUCAACGGCUUGUCCGCUCGCGACGAUAUAUUAUUUUGGUCAAAAUAUGUCUUAUCAUACAAAAAGUGUAUGUCCCACCUGUGGAUAACCGCAAUGCAGAAGCAUUCGUUUUCUUGAACUAUUAUUUGGAUUUUACUAACGCCAUAGCAGACGGACAGAACGACGUGAUCGACGACACAGACUUGCAAGGCACAGACUUCCCCACCAACGUACCGUUACCGCAUACCGUGCACGUGGAAAACGAACAACACGAACAAGUCAGGGAAUGGAUCCUGACGAACGCCAUGGACCGAGACGUCAGUCAGGUGAAAGGCAAAAACUCAUAUAAUAUAUUAUAUUGUUUUAGUGCUCGUGUACAAUCCACAAACGAUAUUGUGUGGGCAUUGUCAUGA